AUACUAUUGUACAUUUGUUGAAGGAUAGGCUAGGCUACUGUUCAUUGCUUAGACAGCAUUUUAAUUUCCGGGAGUUGUUUAGAUCGAACAGUCAGAGUUUUGUUGAUUAGGACUCCAGUAAAGUUUUGUGUCAUUUGAAGAUCUGUAAUUCGUGCAGAAAUUAUGGAGUAACUGCAAUUGUUGCCGAUCGUGCAACCUCCGGAUUUAGGCUACCGUGGGUUUAAAACGGAUGACCUGGAGACAGAGAGAGAGAUAGAGAGAGCAAGCGAGUGAGCAGCUGUGUGUGUGAGUGUGUAUGUGAGAGAGGUGCUGAGUUCUGAAGAGCUCACACAACAGGACAGAGCCCAGCUAGCGCUGCUGAGACGGACUAUGCAGAGUAGUGUCUGAGUUUGUCCUGAGGAUAGACACCAAGUGAUCAGAAUGGGAAACACUGACAGCCAGUACAGCAACUUCAAAGUCCCUGGGAAACCCAGACCCUGCUCUCUAAAGUUCCACUCCAUUAAGGAGGAAGUCCUGUCCCCCCAUAGCUGGUGGAGGGGCAGCGAGGGGGGCGGCCAGGGGUACAAAACCAGAAGCAAGGGAGGGAGGGUCUGCCUGCCCCAGCAAAAGAUCACUCACAACCAGCCUUAUGGCUUGUCGCAACACUACGAGCACCACAUCACCAAGGAGGGCAGGGGACUGAGAGGGCUCCCAGGAGCCAAGCUGAAGUCCAGCUCUCCGCAGCGUUGUGGCAGAGGGGACAGCUCCCAAGUGACCAGGAAAAGCAGUGGUCAUAACGGCUAUGGUUUCCUGGAGAGUAGCAGGGAGAAUGUGAACGGUCUCGGGGCUAACGGGCAGCGCACCUCUGAGAUGACUUCUCUGUGUGAGCCAAUAGAGAGCCGCAGCAGCCCCAAGGUGCUCCUCAGUAAGGACGGCAGCAUGCGUGUGGAGUUCACCAAUGCCAGGAGGAUGUCUCUGGAGCCCCAGGGUCUGUCAGGCCACAGCCACAAUGCAGUAGCAGCCCCAGAGCCCUCUCUGACUAGGACCAGUAAGGGUAGCUCGCUCAGCUCCGAGGGCUCCUGGUACGACUCUCCUUGGGGGAACACCACAGAGCUCAAUGAUAAUGUGUUCACAUGUAGUCAGACUGCAACGAGGGACAACAGUAGUGGCUACACCACCUACUCCUCCACGCGCACUGAGGAGACGGGCUGUGGCUUCAACACCUUCUCAUCCGCCCGUACUGAGGACAUGUCCCCGGGGUUCAACCCCAACCUCCUCUUCCAGACCAUGGAUAGUAAUGGUCAAUAUACAAGCCGAGGGUUUAACAGCAACGGGUAUAACUCUUGCUCUUUGGGCCGCACUGAGGACAGUGGCAUCGGAGAUUCUAUGAUCCUCUACCCGGAGCAGAGUCAGUUUAGCCUCAUCUCUCCUCCCGUGUCCCUAUCUGACCUCAGCAUGGCGGCUACGUACCCCACCCCUCACUUCCAGGACAUCCCCCAGCGCCGGACGUCGCUGGCCUCGGUGCUGACCCUGGACGUGGUCGACCAGGAGGAGAGCUCAGAGUCGGGCGACCAGUGCUACUCCUCCGCUCACAGUCCCACGCUGCCCUGCAGGAGGGUCGCCGCCGAGCCUACCCCCAUCGCCGUCAGCAACAGCAGGAAGGACAACCUGAAGAGCCGCAUCCGGCGCCUCAGCGACUGGACAGGAAGUCUAAGCAGGAAGAAGAGAAGACUACAGGAGCCUUAUGGUAGUGAGGCCAGUGAAGGCUUUCUCAUUGGAGUGGAUCCUGGGUUAGGUGACUCCAGCUCCCAGGUAACUGGUCCAGUAUGGAACUCCCUCCACACCCAGACCCUGUCAGUCCGCUCUGGGGCCUCCAGGAGCCAACAGAGCCACAGUGACGCCUUGCGGCAGAACAUCUAUGAGAAUUUCAUGCAGGAGCUGGAGACAGGAGGCUACAGCGGGACGGAGCGGACCGAGCCCUCGGAGGAUGGAGAGGGGGAGGACAUGGGAGGAGCAAGGGGAAUAGGAGGGGGGGAACAGGGGGAGAGUAGUGGCAGUGGCUCCCUGGGCUCUCUGGAGCAGCUGGACCUGCUGUUUGAGAAGGAGCAGGGGGUGGUACGCAGGGCCGGCUGGCUCUCCAUCAAACCCCUCCUCACCCUGCAUAAGGACAGGAAGCUGGAGCUCGUGGCCCGCAGGAAGUGGAGGCAAUACUGGGUCACACUCAAAGGGUGUACCCUUCUGUUCUAUGAGACCUAUGGGAAAAGCAGCUGUCCCGAGCAGGAGCUGUCCCCGCGCUACGCCCUGCUUGCUGAGGACAGCAUUGUCCAGGCGAUCCCUGAACACCCCAAGAAGGAGAACGUCUUCUGCCUGAGCAACGGCUACGGAGAUGUCUAUCUGUUGCAGGCUGCUAAUCAGACAGACCUGGAGAACUGGGUGACAGCCAUCCACUCUGCCAGUGCCUCUCUGCUGGCUAAGAGACAGGGGAAGGAGGACACGGUGCGGUUACUGAGGAGCCAGACCGGCGCCCUGCUGCAGAAGAUAGACAUGGACAGCAAGAUGAAGAAGAUGGCUGAGUUGCAGCUGUCUGUCAUCAGUGACCAAAGGAACAGGAAGGCCAUCAAGAGCCAGAUCCAGCAAUGGGAGCAGAACCUGGAGAAGUUCAACAUCGACCUGUUCCGGAUGCGCUGUUACCUGGCCAGCCUGCAGGGCAGUGAGCUCCCCAACCCCAAGAGUCUCCUCGCCGUGGCCGGACGGCCCUCCAAGAACACCCUGGGACGCCUGGGGAUCUUCUCUGUCUCCUCCUUUCAUGCCCUGAUCUGCACCCGUGACGAGGCGACCCUGCGGAGGCGUUGCCAAUCUCUUUCCCGGGGGACACGGAACAAGAGGGGUAUCUUCUCUUCCCUCAAGGGUCUGGACAGCCUGACCAAACGCAGCAAAGAGAAGAGGCAGUCCGUGUCCCAGGUUGUUGAAGGACAAAGUGUUGGAGUGCAUGCUGGCCAUGUCUUCAACCACAGCAGCUCUGAGAGAUUUGACGCUCUUGCCAAAAUGCAGUUGAUAGCACCACCUAAAGGCAACCCUUGGUACAGCAGUUUGGAAACUCCAGUCUGUGUGAAUAUGCCCGAAAGCCAAACAGUUACUCUGCACAUCAAACCCGAUUUCCUCGUAUCAGAUGUGCUAUCUUUGGCCUGUAAGGACAGGCACCUGGACCCGAGCCAGCACUGCCUGCGUGUGAGAAGGCUGGUGGGUCAGGACACAGAGACCAGCUCCCCAGCACUCACAGACCCACUACGAGACCUGGUGUAUGAUGAGCUAGAGGUCUUCCCGCUCAAUGUUUUCACCAUACAGCUGUCCCGCCCAGACACAGCAGUGGACUUUGGCUUUGCUGUGACCGGCCAUGUAGACGGAACCAGGAAAGGCCAUGUCUAUGUGAGUGAGGUCACUCCAGAGGGACUGGCUUUCACUGAAGGUCUGAGAGCGGGCGAUGAGAUCCUGUUUCUGAAUGGGACCAGUGUGUCCUCCCUGGACAUGGGUCUGAUGCACCUGUUGUUCAGCCACCAGACCCUCCAUCUGUUGCUCAGACGAGAGGACAUGACCACUGAGGACCAUACCUUUGUCUGGCCAGACUGUGGCCCCUGGCAGCCAGCACCACCGCCACCCAGCCACUGUGGCCCCUGGCCUACAGAUAUGCCGCUGCCCCAGGAGCUUCCAGACUGCUCUGUAAAGUCUCCCUUUCAGGAGCUUCCAGACUGCUCUGUAAAGUCUCCCUUUCAGGAGCUUCCAGACUGCUCUGUAAAGUCUCCCUUUCAGGAGCUUCCAGACUGCUCUGUAAAGUCUCCCUUUCAGGAGCUGCCACAACAACCACAACCCACUGAUGGGAGGGAGCAGCUCGGCCAGAAUGUUGAAACGGUGUGCUCGCUGAACCAGACCUUCCCAGAGGGCCGUGGGGCAGCGGGGACAGUGGUGGUGGAGGGCCAGAGGAACCCCUACUCCAUGGAGCCCCCUGGUCCCCAGACCCAGAAGCCCCCCUGCCCCAGACACAUGUCCAUCUCUGAGAGGCUCUGUAAGGUCAUACAGGAAUUGGUGGACACAGAGAAGUCCUACGUCAAGGACCUGGGCUGUCUGUUUGACAUCUACCUGACGCCUCUACAGAGUGAGACCUUCCUCAGCCACGAUGAGAUGGAGUCUCUGUUUGGCAGUCUGCCUGAGAUGCUGGACUUCCAGAGAGUGUUCCUACACACCCUGGAGGAGCGCAUCGCCUCCUCCCCCAACUUCAGCUCCCUGGAGACUCCGAAACAAUUCAAGAAACUUCUUCUCUCGCUGGGGGGCUCCUUCCUCUACUAUGCCGACCACUUCAAGCUCUACAGCGGCUUCUGUGCCAACCACAUCAAAGUCCAGAAGGUUCUGGAACGAGCGAAGACGGACCGGGCCUUCAAGCAGUUCCUGGAGGCGAGAAACCCCACCAAGCAGCACUCAUCCACCCUGGAGUCCUACCUCAUUAAGCCAGUCCAGAGAGUGCUCAAGUACCCCCUGCUGCUCAGACAGCUGGUCUCUCUGACCGACUCAGAGAGCGAGGAGCACAGCCACCUCACAGAGGCCCUGAGAGCCAUGGAGAAGGUGGCCAGUCACAUCAAUGAGAUGCAGAAGAUCUACGAGGACUACGGAACUGUGUUUGACCAGCUGGUGGCAGAGCAGAGUGGCCCUGAGAAAGAGGUUACAGAGAUCUCCAUGGGAGAGUUCCUCAUCCACUCCUCAUUAAAAUGGCUCAACCCUCUCCCCUCUCUGGGUCGCAUGAGGAAACAUCCUGAGCUAACGCUGUUUGUUUUCAAGAGAGCGGUGAUCCUGGUGUACCGUGAGCGUAGCAAGAUGAGAAAGAGGAUGACCACGUCACGCUCAGGGGAUCUGGAGGCCUUCAAGUUCCGCUGGCUCGUCCCGGUGUCGGCGGUGCAGGUCCGCCUGGGGAACGCAGCAGGAACGGAGAGCCCAUGUAUCUGGGAGCUGGUCCAUACCAAGUCUCAGGUGGAGGGGAGACCAGAGACCGUGUUCCAGCUCUGCAGCAGUGGUUUGGAGAAUAAGGCCAGUGUAGUGAAAGCUCUUCGCUCCCUUCGAGACUGGACCUGUAGGCCCCUCCUAUCAGAAAGAGGUUCUAGAGAGUACCUAGGCUCCCUCCGUAGGACCCAGCCUGCACCGGUCCGUGCCGACUCCUGGAGAAGACAACAGGAACUGCAGGCCAUGAGGACUGCAAGCCACCAGCACCACUCUGACGACGGCAGUGUGUCCAGUGGUGCAACCCAACCCUGCCCGGGAGACACACACUCGGAGCCCCAGUUUCACAUCCGCUCCACCACGGGCCUCCCCAGCCUGGAGGGCACCACGCUGGGAAAGAGGGCCCGGCUGUGCUCCCUGACCAGCGCCCUGGAGGCGCAGCUCCAGAGACUCAACUUCACAGAGGAGGCCGGGCCGAGGAGUGCAGCGUCCCAGCAGGAGCACCUCAGACAGGGGCCCCAUCCUGCUGCCCAGAGGAGGGCUAGCAGUCUGCAGGGUCCAGGAGGGCAGGAUAAUGACCCCCAGUGUGUGGACCUUAAUGCCCUACUGGGGAGGGACUUCAGUGUGCAGAGCCUGACCUCUGUGGUCAAUGAGAACUGCUUCUAUGACACAGUUAUGGGGAUCCAGAAGGCGGCCAUUCCAACACUAUAGGGGCCCUAGAAGUUGCCCCUAGACGCUGAUCUUGGGUCAGUUUUCCCCACUAAUGGUUAACAAUAGGAUUGGGGGACAGCUGAUCCUAGAUCUGUACCAAGGGAAACUUCACCCGGAGAGCUGAUGAACACUAUAGAAGGUACACUCCUGUACCUGUCUAGACCCUGAUCACACUGACUACUGGUCAAGGUACUAUGGACUAGAAGAUGAAUCUCCUUAAUGUGUUUACUCUAACUGGUGAGUAGGCUACGAUUGAAGAACUGAGCUCUGAUCACAGUUACUUGACUUUGACUUAAUCCUUUUAUCUCCUAGUGGAGCAAAAGCCUCAAGAUCACACUGUGACAGUAUAUACAGUGCAUUUGGAAAGUAUUCAGACCCCUUGACUUUUUCCACAUUUUGUUACGUUACAGCCUUAUGCUAAAAUUGAUUAAAUAUUUUUUUCCCCUCAUCAAUCUACACACAAUACCUCAUAAUGACAUCACAAUAACCCAUAAUGACAAAGAAAAACAGGUUUUCCAAAAUUUUCUGAAAUGUAUACUUCUUUUUAACUGAAAUAUCACAUUUACUUGAGUAUUCAGACCCUUUACUCAGUACUUUGUUGAAGCACCUAUGGCAGCGUUUACAGCCUUGAAUCUUCUUGGGUAUGAUGCUAUAAGCUUGGCACACCUGUAUUUGGGGAGUUUCUCCCAUUCUUCUCUGCAGAUCCUCUCAAGGUCUGUCAGGUUGGGAGCGUCAUUGCACAGCUAUUUUUAGGUCUCUCCAGAGAUGUUCGAUCGGGUUCAAGUCCGGGCUAAGGCUGGGCCACUCGAGCUGUGUGCUUAGGGUCGUUGUCCUGUUGGAAGGUGAACCAUUGACCCAGUCUGAGGUUCUGAGUGCUCUGGAGCAGGUUUUCAUCAAGGAUCUCUCUGUACUUUGCUCCGCUCAUCUUUCCCUCGAUCCUAACUAGUCUCCCAGUCCCUGCCACUGAAAAACAUCCCCACAGCAUGAUGCUGCCACCACCGUGCUUCACCAUAGGGAUGGUGCCAGGUUUCCUCCAGAAGUGACGCUUGGCAUUCAGGCCAAAAAGUAAAUCUUGGUUUCAUCAGACCAGAGAAUCUUGUUUCUUAUGGUCUGAGAGUCCUUUAGGUGCCUUUUAGCAAACUCCAAAUGGCUAUCAUGUGCCUUUUACGGAGGAGUGGCUUCCGUCUGGCCACUCUACCAUAAAGGCCUGAUUAGUGGAGUGCUGCAGAGAUGGUUGUCCUUGUGGAAUAUUCUCCCAUCUCCACAGAGGAACUCUGAAACAUCGAGUUCUUGGUCACCUCCUUGAUCAAGGCCCUUCCCCCGAUUGCUCAGUUUGGCCGUGUGGCCAGCUCUAGGAAGAGUCUCGGUGGUUCAAACUUCUUCCAUUUAAGAAUGAUGGAGGCCACUGUGUUCUUGGGGACCUUCAAUGCUCCAGAAAUGUUUUGGUACCCUUCCCCAGAUCUGUGCCUCAACACAAUUCCUUCGACCUCAUGGCUUGGUUUUUGCUCUGACAUGCACUGUCAACUGUGGGACCUUAUUAGACCUGUGUGUGCCUUUCCAAAUCAUGUCCAAGCAAUUUCAUCUACUACAGGUGAACUCCAAUCAAGUUGUAGAAACAUCUCAAGGAUGAUCAACGGAAACAGGAUGCACCUGAGCUCAAUUUCAAGUCUCGUAGCAAAGGGUCUGAAUACUUAUGUAAUAAGGUAUUUCUGUUCGUUUUUUAAUAGUUUUGCAAAAAGAAUCUAAAAACCUAUUUUCACUUUGUCAUUAUGGGGUAUUGUGUGUAGAUUGGUGAGACAAAAUAACAAUUUAAUCCAUUUUAGAAUAAACAUGUAACGUAACAAAAUAUGUGAAAAGGGAAGUGGUCUGAAUACUUCCCGGAUCCACUGUGAAAUGGCGUCCUUUGUUUUGCAGCACUCUCUAAGCUCUGAACACAGUUGCCUAUGUUCAAUAACAUUCCUCCUUACUCUUGUUUGUGAAUAUGAUGCAGUAUCUUAAAUCACGAGCAUUACAUUUUAAUGUCUUUUUUGGCAAAAGCAGUUGUUAAUUAAAAACUGUAAUUGCCUGAAUUCUAUUUAUAUUUUGUCUCUAUUAUUUUGUUCAUGUGUUAAUAUCCACAUAAAAACAAAGACUAAGUGUCAAAUUUCGAUUUAAUUGAUUUUAUUAAGUUCAAAGCUUUAAAGCUCUUUCUUAUUUCAAGUGAUUUGAUGUAUCACUUUAAGAAUUGUUCAAAUGUUUUAUCAUUAUUCAGAUGUAUCUGAACUGUAAUUUAUUCUCUAAUGUAUAUUAUUUUCAUUUAAACGGAACGUUUAAACAGGUGUCCUGACUCUCUGUGGUCACUAAAGAUCCCAUGGCACUUAUCAUAAGAGUAGGGGUGUUAACCCCGGUGUCCUGGCUAAAUUCCCAAUCUAGCCCUCAUACCAUCACAGUCAUCUAAUCAUCCCCAGCUUACAAUUGGCUCAUUCAUCCCCUCCUCCUCUGCCCUGUAACUAUUCCCCAGGUCAUUGCUGUAAAUGAGAACGUGUUCUCAGUCAACUUACCUGGUAAAAUAAGGGUUAAAUAAAUACAAAUUGUACAGGUAAGGUAAAAUGCUGUAAUAUUGAAUAAAAAAAACUUCUCUUAUA